AUGCAUUGCCGUGGAGAGCUGAACCUCAUCGGCAAGGGCAUCAUGACGCGGCUGAACUACAACGUCGCCAUCAACGAGGCCGACGAGAUGCCCAAGCCGAGCAAGACGAGACAAAACGGUCACAGUCGUCCAUUCUGCGGCCAUGCACAGGGUCUUUGCCGUGUCUACCGUUUCGGGACGGCAAGCGACCGAAAAGGUCCAAAAGACUACACGAACAGCAACGCAUACAAAACCAAAUCACCUUGGAAUAAUUAA